AUGCAGCAGCGUCUUGUUCUCAUUGCUACUGACUUUGUAACGCUCUACCAAGAGGCCCUCAGCCGACAACUACUAACUCCCGCUGCGUUGACACCCGAUGCGUUCAAGGAUCUCUUUGAUCGUAUUAACGUAGAAUAUAUGCACUAUGCAGGUGCCGGUGCGACGCAGCCAUACUUCGAAGAUGUUGUGGAGAAUCUGUUGCAGCUUGCUGCAGCGUACAUCACACUGCCGCCCGACGCUGCUCCUAACAGCCGAGCCUUUGGGGUUUAUUUGACCUUUUUCCUGUAUGCCACGCAGCCAGCCAUCGAAACAUCACCAGUAAAGGUGCAAAUUUCUCUGGGAACUCUACAAAGGUACGUGGAAGAUAUAGAUUCCACAGCACGAGACAACCAGGGAGUGAUAACAAGCCUCGGUUGCCGCGUGUCAGACGGCGAAAAGCGGCUCCUGUUGGCGCUACACAAGUCUGGGGCCCUGAAGGUCAUGCCCUUUAUCGAUGACUCGCUCUACGUGCGUACUCUAAUUGAAGUGCAUGAGCAAGCGGGUCUUCCACUACUCACAUGUGUGGCUCCCCAGCGGUCAAAUCCAAGUCCACACAUUGCAUUGGAGGGGGGAACAUGUGUAGACGAUGAUCUAUCAAAUCAACUCCAUGCAUACAGGGAAAUGAGGCGUCGCAUUAACACUGAAAGUCUGCUGAAGCGUAAAUGA